CCGUAAAGAAAUAUCAGCUUUGGCUACAAACGCUGAAAUUGUACUCCUCUAUCCCGCGGAAAGAGAAAUACACUGGCACCAGGACUGUUUUUUGACUAGGUAUUUUCCUGCCUUCACCACGUACAAGGGCAGCAUCAACACAUCGAUCUGCUCCUGCAUCAACUUCUCCUCUAUGCUCUCUAUUAUGACACCAUGCUGUGCACACCCUUGUGGAGGAUAAGAGAACGUGCGGACCAGAACUUUCUUCGGUGAAACACUUAAGAAAAAAGCUUUUAAACGAACGAUAAAAAGGUGUGUACGCGUGAAGAAGCAUCUGAUGGGGAUUGUAGUAUGGGCUUCUCCGCAAUAAUACAGUUGUGGUGGAAAAGCCGCACUCCUCAUUGGAUCACGUUUAAGGUGUUGCCGUAGGAAAUACUGCGUUAUGAUAGAACUGCACAUGCUGUUCGCAUACUAGUUCUGUCAGGUUUUAUCCUGACAACUGUCCCUAAAUGUUUUCGUUACAAUGUCGUUUAUUUUGCAACAAUAAAUGUCGACGCAACGACGCGAAGGGACGGGACACAACUGACAGUGGCGCCAUGCAACGAGAGCUUGCCAAACCUUCAAAAAAAAAAAAAAAAAAAAAAAACACCCGCACACUCUAGCGGUCGCUUCUCGCAACACUCUCCCGACAGAAGCAGUCGAUUUUAUUCAAGUAGCCUUGCGAGACGUGUGAGCGGCUGUCAGGUGGUGGUGUAGGGCGGUGCAAUCGCUUUCCUUAAUUAACGUGAUCCAUUAACCCGGGCGACACACAUUCUAACCUGGCUACUGCGACCGCGGGACGCGAUCGCAGCACGCACCGUCCAAGCUGGCGCGCGAGACGAAGUACGACAUGAAUGGCUUCCACAAUGAAGAAGAAGCAGAGCGCCAAAGUAUCGUAGCCGACGUUUCGUCGAAGCCUCCCAAAGUGCCCGUCACCCGCCUGCUGAUAUGCACCACGGUGCUCUCAGCCGUCGGGGGUUUCCUCUUCGGCUACGACACGGGCGUCGUGUCCGGUGCCAUGAUACAGCUUCGAAGCCACUUCCAGCUCAACUACCUGUGGCAGGAGCUCGUGGUUUCGGUCACCAUCGCGGGCGCCUGGGCCUUCGCGAUCGUCGCUGGCGUGGCGACGGACGCGUUCGGACGCAAGCCCGUCAUACUCGUAGCCAGCUUCGUGUUCACCGCGGGAGCGGUUCUCAUGGGGGUAGCCUUCAACAAGGGAAUGCUCCUUGGCGGACGCCUCAUCGUCGGCGCUGGCAUAGGCCUGGCGUCCAUGACUGUGCCAGUCUACAUAGCUGAGGUGGCCCCAACCGAACUUCGAGGAUUGCUGGUCACGAUCAACCAGGUUUUUAUCACCGGGGGACAGUUCAUAGCCAGCGUGGUUGACGGCCUGUUCAGCGGUGACACUGAAAAUGGCUGGCGCUACAUGCUGGCCCUGGCAGGCGUGCCUUCGCUGAUCCAGUUUGUGGGCUUCCUCAGCAUGCCUGAGUCGCCCCGGUGGCUUGCUAGUAAGGGCGCUUACCAGGAAGCUAUCGAGGUGCUGCGACGCUUCCGCGGCCCCACCGUCAACAUCGAGCCUGAGUUCGACGCCCUCAAGGCCAACUGCAUUGACGCCGAUCACGAUGAGGAACACUCUGGGCCCGUGCUGAUUCAGGUGUUGCGCGAUGGCCCGCUGCGCCUGGCGCUAAUCGUGGGAUGUGCUCUGAUGAUGUUUCAGCAGAUUGCAGGCAUUAAUACUGUCAUGUAUUAUGGCGCUACAAUCAUACAAAUGUCAGGAGUGCACGACGCGUCCAAGGCGAUUUGGUUGGCUGCGGCAGCGUCCUUUGUCAACUUUGCCUGCUCCUUCAUUGGCAUGGCCCUGGUCGAGAGGAUUGGCCGUCGGCUCCUCACCCUUCUCAGCCUUGCAGGUGUGAUUGCAAGCCUUUCAGUGCUUGCAGCAGGCUUUCAGCUCGCUGACAUGGAGUCACCUUCCGUGGGACCCAGCCUAGUCCCAUCAUCCGGGAUUUGUGGCAAUUUCAGCUCCUGCUCAUCUUGCACGGGAUCCUCGGACUGCGGCUACUGCUACAUACCCGGUGCUCCGACAAGCAACUCCACCUGCCUGCCGGUGAAUGCCAACAACUUGGAUGUCUCGCUGGUCGGCAGCUGUCAACAGGCGACGGGGACCCCCUUCAUUUGGGCCUACAACUGGUGCCCAAGCCGUUACGCCUGGAUGACUAUCAUGGGAUUGCUUCUCUACUUGUUCUUCUUCGCUCCCGGUCUGGGAGCCAUGCCAUGGACCAUCAACUCUGAGAUAUACCCUCUGUGGGCGCGGUCGACCUGUUUCUCGGUGGCUACUUCCUUCAACUGGGCCUUCAAUCUCCUGGUUUCCAUGACAUUCCUCACCCUGACAGAGGCACUCACAAAAUACGGCACCUUCUGGCUGUACGGUGGCCUCUCGCUACUCGGUUGGUUCUUCUUUUUCCUCUUUUUGCCGGAGACGAAGGGCAAGUCCCUGGAAGAAGUCAGCGACCUCUUUGCACACCCCUGGUGGAGUGACUCGACAACACGCGACAACAAGAAGACAGUCCAGUAUGUCCACAUCCGUGGCAUCAACCAGGCCUACACCACUGAUGAUGGAGACUCCGGAGAGGAAGACCGCUAAGGCUCUCGCCAGCUGCUGAGUGCCAUUGCUACCGCAGUGUAGUUCUGGUGUGAUGCAGCACAUUCACGCCACUCGCAUUCGUGUUAGAGGCCAGGCCACUGCUGAGUUAGCCUAUGUGGUCCACAGUCUGUAGACGAUAGUCUAUAAACUGUAGGCCAUAGGUUCACUUCUUAAACUGUGGUCUGCAGACCAGAGUCUGUAGGUUCACUUUACAGACUGUGGUGUAGACCUCAGUCUGUUUGCAGGCUAUAGGCUUACUUCACAGACCACUUCACAGACUGUGGUCUGUAGACCACAGUGGGUAGACUGUGGUACAUAGUGUGUAGACUAUGGUCUAUAGACCACAGCCUGCACACUACUAUAGUGCACAGACUGGCAGUCUGUAGAUCGUGGUGCGUAGACCAUAAUCUGUUGACUAUAGUUGGCUGGCUAUAGGUUCAUUUGGCUGACCGUGCCGUCAAGUAUAGGCUACAUGAGCCAUUCCACUGCUUGCUAGUCAACGGACUGGCGUGUCUCAGGUCCUGUGUACACAUUGGUCUGCAGGGAAUUUUUUUUUUUAGCAAACAUACUGUGACGUGAUUGAAUACACCAUUGUAUCAAGGACUGUAUUCAUAGACUGGAGAACAACUCGUAAGCUUUUUCCCUGAACAGGGUUCUUGUCAAAGGUAUUGACUGCUGCGUGAACAAUCAUGCCUUUUCUGUGGUGAUGUAGAUGUAAGGGACCACGCCAGUCCGUAAGCAAGCUGUCAAUUCCUUGGGAACACGGCCUGCGUCCUGUGGUAUGACAUGCUACACAAAUUGCCGAUUCAAUAGCUGGCAGCUUCUUGGUUGUGGCAGCACUUCAAAAACUGUGGCUGUCAUACUUUGGCUAAUUGCAAGGAAACAGUGGCAAGCGGCCGGCUUGCCUGCUGAAAGUGCGUCAUAAAUUUUUUGUUCAGGCUGGCUUCAGGCCUGCAGGCGUGCAUUCACGCUUGGUGCUGGGUCACAAUUAUUCUACCUUUCAGAUGGCUUUUAACUCUUAAAUGGAAGAGACCAAGAGCGCAAAAUUGGGGCAUUCUUCUUUUCAUAGCACUUAUUCCGCAGGACACUGGCCUGACGUUUCCAACAUUCAUUUAAACUGCGGUUGAAAACACCGAAGUCUUGGUCGUGGUGUGGGACCAGUUGAUGCACGAGCUGAAAUAUCUUUUUGUUAUUAUUGAUAAUGUUAUUAAUCUAUAUGUGUGCAUUGCAUGUGCAUUGCAUGCUUAGACGUGGCAGAGCUGGUUUGCACAGACGGUUCUGUGGACCUAUAAGUGCUCGGACAUUUUGCUUGUUUAUAUUGUGCUGUCAGCCCAGCUCUAGGCUGUCAUGUAUAUUGUCUCGUUAAGUUUUCGGUCCAUUUGGAAACGGCCAACUUCAAAACCAGCACUUUGCUGGCAAAAAGCUGGGGACUUGAAGGCGGUCAUCUGCGUUACGCUGAGAAUCUUGCUUAUGCAGAGUUUUUUUUUGCAGCCACGGAGAUUCUUUUUGUUCUUCGUGAAUGCGUGUAAAGUAGACUACAAGUGUGAUACUAGUCACCUCAGAUCUGGAGGGUGUGCUAUCGACAAUUGUCUAUGGGCGCUGUCGUCGCAGGCUGUUGAUCCAAAUGUCUUGUCACUGUUUGGCAUGGUUAGAACGGUCGUCCAAUGCAGAAGGCACCUGCUUGGCUAUUGUGAUGCGAUCGAGUGGGCCAUAGUGCCUUGCAUUUGACCGUGCCAGAUGGCCAUGGGAUAUCUGGCUCAGCAGCUCGUGAUAGCAAUGCUCUGGCGUCAUUAGAGAAAUUGUUUACAGAGCCUACACUCCUUCAGAUGUUUUGCCCUUCGUGGUGCUCUGCAGCAAUAAUUGCUGAAAUUCUUGUGCACAAUCCUGUAACUUGUGUACCGCAUACUCUGUCGGGAACGUUACGGACACGCGUAACAUUUUUGAUGGAUACCUAGCAUGCGGCAUUGGAGGAAGGAAGUGUUUCAAGAAUGAUGAGUGUUAUCGCUCUGGGAACAAAAUUGUGCCGCAGAGGGUACGACGUUAUGAAAAUAUAACUGUCUUGGUGGGUGUAUUGCACUCUCUUGCAUGUCAUCUGGAAAAUUCUAGCUGUUGAUUUUGUUGCUAUGUUGUGAAGAUUGUUUAUGCCUGUUUAGUUAGGUAACAUGUUAAGCGAGGUACUAAAUUGCUUGUUGUGUUGAUGGAUUGACAGGCUGCUCGAUUCUAUUGCAGUGAUAGAAUGGCUUGCCCAUUAGGGCAUGCCAUUUCAUUUCUGUCGACAUUGUUUUCGCAGGCCAGACAGCCUAUGUGUCUAGCUUUGUCCAGCAAGGUACAUUUGCUGUGAGAAGCUGCUGUGAAGGAGCACGAGUUUAUGUAACCAUCGACAACAGUAAUCCAGAAGUAACAAAAGCUUUCAUUGUAACUUGUUUUUUGUUGGGAUGUGAAUGACAAGAAUCCGUGUGAUAUGUUUGGUAGGCUUCAGCCUUCACAUUGACGAAACCAUCCAGACUAUUUACCAUCACACAAUCUUGAUUUUCAGUGCAUGGCUCUUAAAAUACUUGCUUUAUCGGCUUGUGUCCUAAAAGCCGGAUUGCGUACAUUCUUCAGAACAAAGUUCUUUUGUGAUACAAGCCAAAAUAACAAGCAUCAUCUUGAUAAAUUUUUUAUAUCUCCAAAGGUGGUGCCGAUUUUGCACACUGAUGAAGGCUUAGAGCUUGCACUUGACUGUGUUAACGAUAAUAAUGAACUCUACAGUUCUUGUGGAGCUCAUGACUUGUUGUUGAGGAAAGGCGAUCUUGUUUUUAAGCAUUCAGAAAUUUUUAUUCACCAAGUGUGUUGUUGUUACCUUCUCUUUUCCAAGCUUGUCAUUAGUUUGCAUGCUGGCUAAGACCAAGCUGACGCUAGUCAUGUUAAGAUUAGCAGUGGAGCAGACAUCCUUUUCAACGCGCAGAAUAGCCUAGUUGUCUCACAUACCGAGCAAAGUUUGAAAGGAAAAAACAAAAACAAAACUGACCAGUUUCCUUCAGCUUGUUCACAAUAAUUUGUCCAUGGCAAGGCAAUAGUCAUUGAACAUGUGGGCAUACUCAAAAGUUGCGGCCAAAUGAACAACUGGCCUGUAUUACAAGACGAUUUCACUACUCCAAGGUUGGGUUGGAUGCUGCCACUAGUUGUAGCCUUUAGUGGUGCGAAUGUCAAGUACAGUUGAAAGUUAUGGCAUUGGCGGGUGAUCGCGAUUUCUCUCAUUGUCCUCACUCUGCGCUUAUGCAUACAUAACAAAAUCAGCCUCCCCAGAAGUGCCAUAAUAUAGGCCCCAAGAACAGCAGCAAAAAAAAAAAAAAGGAAAGUGAUGAAAUCUACAAUGCGGCAACCUCCCUUGCUCAACUCUAGAUUUUUCUUGGAACUUGAGCUCAAAGGCAAAUUGGAGACUGUAGUGGCACCAUGGAAGACCACGUUCGUGGCGCUGAGAAGCAUGGUGAAAUUCCCCUAUCAUAAGCAAAAUGGAACUUUUUCUUUUUUUUUUUUUUGAGCAAUGGCUGUGUUGUGGGGAUGACUUAUUGCCUCUUUAACCCUGCUUCGAUGGCCCCUCUUGUACCUAGCUAUCAUCGUGCUCAUUUACAUAAGCUGAGAGGUCGGGGUAAUGAGUAGUAUCAACUGAGACUGUGGCAUUAGAUAAACCAUGAUGCGUGCAGGUUGCGUGCAAGAUUUGAGCUUGUUGCACAGGUGUGCCUGGUGGUCAUGAACACCACUUUACAACAACUGUGACGCCUAAUGCUGUGUGCCCCCUGUGUGUGACGCCUGUGUGGGCUGUGUGCCCACGUUAACACGAGCGUGAUUAUCGCCACAUAUCAGCUAUGACCCACUUCCGUGUGGGGUCAAUGUACUUGACAAGUUUGAACGAGUUCGUAACUCGAUAGCGGCUAUGGUAAUGGCUAAGCAAGAAACGUGGACUUGGAAAUAAGUGCAGAUUGAGAGGAUGUCAUGAAAAUUUUUUGACGCCUUCGAAUAUGCAGAAUUCAGAGAUCAUUCCUCUUUGAUCCUUAAGUGUGAUCCAUAUAGCGUGGGGCAUUGUCAUGUCCACAUUAACGAGGGCAUGCAGCGAGUUGAAUAUCACCUACAUAAUCAUACAGCAGUCACGUGGCCACACUUAUGUCAAAUGAACACGUUCAGCAAGGAGAAUGCCACAGCCCAAUAACCUCAGUGUUGUAGUGACUUUACACCAGCUCUGCCUAGGCAUUUUUGUUGUCUUCUAUUUCUCGCAGCUUUUUGAGGGGUAGAUCGAGAAAAGCCAACCACAGCUAGAAAAAUGUAUCGAAAGCUGUCGCUUCAGCUGAAGACCCUGAAUUCCCUACUAAGAAUGCGAGUUCUUGCUCACGAUCUCAGGCAUUUGCCAACCUGCUCUGUUCAUGACAAGCUACACACAAAGUUGGCUGUCUACACUGAGAAAUUGCUGAAGGCAGCUGACUGCUCUCUAAGUGACGUUGUUCAUGUGACAGAGGUUUGGAAGUGUAACAAAUAAAGCACAUCGUGUACAUCUUGAUUUGCUUAAGUAUAAGGCAUGCACUUUGUGUAUGUUUUAGCUGAGACAAAGUAGCGAGCGCUUUUCAGAGCAUUCUGAAGGGCUGCUUUCGGGGCCCAACUUUUUAAAAUCAGUAUACCUUCUUUCAUUUAAUUUUCUGCUCUUUUUUAACGGCCUUCCUUUUAACUCCUUAUUUUUGUGAUAGUUUUCAAAGAGGUCCAAUAUCUUUUGUUGUUUCAUUGUUGUGUACUGUAUUUUUUGUGCUUCAGGAUUUUCGUGCAUUGUGUUUGCUUGUGUAAUAUUUAUGCGUUUGUUUCACACAUGCUGUGCAGUAUUAUUCUUUUAUAUUAUAUUUUUGUAAAUAGUGAGGUGCUGUCUCUGCGACACUUGGCCGUUGCAUAAAAAUUUUUUUUUCUAGUGUGGCCAAGGCCGCUGUAUGACCUUCAAGUGCACGUCCCCAUAAUGAGCUAUACCGACCAGCAGCAAUAACGUUAGCCAUGUGUCUGUGGCAGCUUUAAUUGGGCGGGUGACAGCUCCCUCCCCAAGCUACCCUGUUAAACAAUUAUCUCCUUCUUGCUCUUGCCUGCAGUAGCCUUCAUAGCUUAAUGUAAACAAAUAAGUAUGCACUAUAUUUACAAAGCCCGCAGUUGUAGACAUGCAAGACAGAUCACACUCCCCAACAAAGUCCACACAUACCUGUUUUAAUCGCUGCCCCUUGUUUAUUGGGACAGCACCAGCAAGGCUCGCCAUGUUAGUGCGAUCCCUAACAUCACUUCGCGCUUGCUUGUCCAAAGAGACUACAUGGAAACACCAAUAUGUAAUUUAUUUUUAGAAUGCUAGUAAUAGGUAGGGUUUGCCUCCUGCAUGGCCAGGAAUGUGCUGUUUCAUGGUUGUUGUGCUUAAUGAGAGAAAUUUGUUAUAAUGGGGUUGCUCUCUCAGUGCUUGCUUUUUUUUUUUUUUCGAGUGCGUGCCGAAGCCACUGCGACCCUGACGGCAGAAUAAGUGGGGCCAAUAUAUGCCCCUGCUGGACCUUGUGCGCCAAUGCUGGCCCACAGAUGGCAUUGUGUUGGCCAGUACUGGCCCUAUAUUGGGACUACAUUGGCCAUGCUUUUACUGUUACUUGGGUUGUGACAUGGUCAGGAUUGACCACUCAAACUGAGUAUUAGUAGAGAGUACCAAGACUUGUCUUUCGAUAUGUGAAUACUUCCAUGACACCGUGCAACUGGAGUGGCUUUCAGUUAAAGCGCUUCUAGCAGAGGAUAAAUACGAGGACGUGUUAGUGGCAUAUUUUGUAACAAAGUUUGAGAUGUAGUGCGCCCACCAGAAGAAAUGUAGACAAAGUACGGCCUUCUACUUUUUCUCUUACCUUGUUUGUCGUUUGCAAGAAUCGUGUUGAGGUUGGCACUGCGUCGUAUGUUAUACCGACUACCGCCUUCCUUCUCUUUGGAGGGGGCACAUGAACAUGACCAACAUUCAGCCAUUGUGGUGUAUUAUUUCAAGCAUGCCGAGACCACGGCUGUUUUCCCGCAGCAACAGUUUCGCACGCAUCUCUCGUCAAGGUGCUCGCACAUUGGAGUUGUUACCCUUUGUUUGUGAGCUGUACUGGUGCUUUCAGCAUUUGACAAAGAAUGCAUUCCUCUUCCACGUGAUCCCAUGGCCUCAAAGCGCAAUGCACAUAGUUUGGGAUAGCCCUCUUUUCUUUUUUUCUAAUGUUCUUUCCUCUGACUGCACUUAGACACCUUUUGCCUCCUGUGGUGGUGUUGUUGAAAUGACGUGCUGUUAUCCUCAUAGUACUACUACGAUUGCACCGUGCAGAGAGAAUCUACAGCACUCUUUGUAUAACAAUAACGUGUUGUCUAGAAGUCUUGUUGUGACGUGAUUGCAGAGUCUAUUUGCCCGUUUUUUCGAAGGCUCGUGUUUGUAUGCCUUCCCAUUUUGCACACAGUUCCAGGUGUUAUGCACAACGCCGAGGUUGGUGCCACAUGUUUAGAGGCUGUUGAGUGUGUGAAAAUGGCCGGACGAAGACACAGGGAAGAAAUUAUAUGGCUGUAUGUGUGCGCAGACUUGUUAUGUGAACGAUAUCACAUUUUUGAGACCCGCUUGAAAAUAACAGCCAGAUUUGCACUAGACCUUCGUUGUGCUUGUUUAUAAGAACCGCUGCGAAGGUGAAUGUUAGUGGAACGAAGGAAGAUUAUUGAAGGAUGUUAUACAACUGUUAUAAGAGUGGUCGUCUAGUUCUUAAACAUUUAAAAAAGGCGAUUGAUGUGUGCUGAAAGAGUGCAUUGAUAAAACAAAGCCAAAAUAAAUGCAGAUUUACCAAAUGUGAGGUCUCAAAAGAGGAUUACUGCAGCUAUCGCCUUUUCUUUUUAUGACCAUCUCUUUUCUUGUCCGUCUUUUCUUUUUGCCCGCAAUGGCCUCCAUGGUUUUGUAGAAACCCUUCUUAAAUGUUUCAAAUCUGAAUAGCAACUCUUGACAAACGAUAGUUCGUUACCUAAUGUCCCUCUCUCCUUCCUUCUGCUAACGUCCCAUUUUAGUGCAAUGCCGUUGAAUGGUUAAGUACACACCAAAUCUAACUGCUCUCGCUUAUUGCAUUAUUGGCAGCUGGAUUGCAGUCUUUGUAUGCUACUGGAAAGCAGGUCAGUUAGCUGUUUGUGUAUGCGUGGCGACACUGCAUAAGCACGUUGGCGGACAAAGGCUCGAGGGAAGCUGAAAGCACAUUUAUUACAGAGAGUUGGGACAGCAAGCUGCUUUUAAGGGACGCCGUGUCACCCACCGCACUCAUGUCUUCUCCGUAGGCACAGUCCCGACUACCGGAUGCAUUGACCCGAAGUAUUUGUGUCUUGACGCAGCAGCAAUAGUUUCCCAUGCACUUGUUUUGUCUUGUCAGUACAUGACGGCUUUGUACACUCUUUUGUGUAUACCUGUAUAUUGCGUGGCAUUAAAAGCACGCGGCAAAUGUG